GUGGCCUGUGCUCUGCAGACCCGCCCCCUCUCCGUAUCCUGCAUGAACAUGGCUGGCAGCGCCUGGAGGUCACUGGUCAGCCGAUUGGCAGGAACACUAAACCUGCCCAUAAAUAAUGGAACCAGGGCCUUUUCUAACCAAUUGCAGACGGUGACCCUGAUACCAGGAGAUGGGAUCGGGCCAGAGAUUUCAACGGCCGUCAUGAAGAUUUUCGAGGCAGCCAAAGCUCCAAUACAAUGGGAGGAGAGAAAUGUCACAGCCAUUCAAGGUCCAGGAGGGAAGUGGAUGAUUCCACCCGAAGCCAAAGAAUCCAUGGAUAAAAACAAGAUGGGCCUGAAAGGACCUUUGAAGACACCCAUUGCUGCUGGACAUCCGUCCAUGAACCUGCUGCUUCGGAAAACAUUUGACCUUUAUGCCAAUGUGCGCCCAUGUGUUUCAAUCGAUGGCUACAAAACCCCUUACACAGACGUAGACCUGGUCACUAUUCGGGAAAAUACAGAGGGCGAAUAUAGUGGAAUUGAACAUGUGAUUGUGGACGGUGUGGUGCAGAGCAUUAAGUUGAUUACAGAGGAUGCGAGUCAGCGAAUUGCAGAGUUUGCCUUUGAGUAUGCGAGGAGCAACCAGCGGAGCACAGUGACUGCAGUACACAAAGCCAACAUCAUGAGGAUGUCUGAUGGUCUUUUUCUGAAAAAAUGCAGAGAGGUUGCUGAAAAUUAUAAAGACAUAAAGUUUAAUGAGAUGUACCUGGAUACAGUAUGUCUUAAUAUGGUCCAGGAUCCCACACAUUUCGAUGUGCUAGUCAUGCCAAACCUCUAUGGGGAUAUCUUGAGUGACUUGUGUGCUGGGCUAAUCGGUGGUCUUGGAGUUACCCCGAGUGGUAAUAUUGGGGCGAAUGGAGUGGCGAUAUUUGAAUCGGUCCAUGGGACUGCUCCCGAUAUCGCAGGGAAGGACCUGGCUAAUCCUACAGCUUUACUUCUCAGUGCAGUCAUGAUGCUGCGUCACAUGGGUCUACAGGAGUAUGGGCACAAAAUAGAGGCUGCCUGCUUCGAGACCAUUAAAUCAGGCCAGGCACGAACCAAAGACUUGGGAGGAAAUGCCAAAUGCUCCGACUUUACUGCUGACAUCUGCCGCAGGAUACGGGACAGUGACUAGAUCUGCCAUGCUUUUUCAUGAUGCAAGUCCAGCCAGCUGAUUAUCACACGCACAUAAUAUUCUGCUAAUUACUGACUUCAUUCAUUAACAUGGAAUCCCUUCUCUGCCAUAGAGGUCUAUUGUCACAUGGUCCUCUCUGGCAGUAAAAGGGUUUAAAUCGUUAAAGCCAAGUGGAAAAUGUGUCGAUGGAAAAAGCUAAAGUUUUCACGUGAAAUGCUAGAGGCAUAACAGCGCCCCAUAAGAUUGCUGGUAUUUUUAGCUGACGCAGGUAUAAAAUAACUCCUUUAUUUAGAUAAACUGGAAUUUAAGAAAAGAAAAGCCACCUUGGUUGCCUCGAUAUCUUGUACCUUACAAAGAUGAGGGGUGUAAGUCCUAUGUAGAUCACAUAGUAAAAAUAAAGAGAACUAGAGUAUGACACACAAAUAUUCAAGUAAUUAACAACACAUCAAAUGACUAAAGGUUUUUAGUAGAUUAUCUUUGGUGCGUCAUGCAACCUCAUCCAAUAAUGUUUCCCAUGCUUUCAACGUAAAAUCCCUAAUGCUCAUUCUAACCUACCCUCUAGCUCCCGGUGGCCCUUCUAAUCACUCCAUAAGAUUCACACUCAGUUAUAAGAUCUGCAUCUCAUGGCUUCUUAAAAGCACAUAGCAUUCCCAACAUCUCUUUAUAUAUAUAUCAUCUCACAAGGCAUCUACUAUUGCUUCAUAUAAUAAGGGGCUAUCGCUUCCGGGCUGUACUGACUUUAAUUAGUUUGGGCCAGUAGGAGCUUUUUACCAAUGUAUUUAUGUUACUCUUUCACAUAUGGAGAAAGGGUAUAUAUAUAUUUUUUGUUUAAGAUAAGUUAAUCUUUAUGCAGCAUCUUUAGUGUGGCUGGAUUCUUUCUGUUCUCCCUCUGUUGAUUUGCAAUGCUCUUAAUUAUUAUGAUAAUUGGUGUUGCAAUAUACUGCUUGGUGUACUUUGAUCUUGUCUUUUUGCCAAAUGUCUUUUAUGGCUGCUAUGUUGUUGGGGCAAUUGACUUAGCCUUUUCUUAAGGAUGAAUAUAACAGUUACAUUUAACCACUCCACAUUAUCUUAUCCUUUGCAAAGCUGCAUUUAAUUAUACUUGUUAUUCUCUAAAUAUUAGACCCUCCCACCUGCCCUAAUGCAAUAUUUAUGCCGUUAUGUGGCUUUGAGCCAUGCAUUUAAGUUGGAGAGAAAAUACUCUGAUUUGGUUGACUGAUCGCUCCAUUUAGCAAUACACCACAAGAGGGCACUGAAGCACACUGCUCCAUGAGGCGUUAAAGCACAGUCCAAAUCCACCUGUAUGAAUGUCUUGUUAAAGCCUUAAACGUUUCAUUUUGGAAGCUGUAUUUAUUAUAUAUCUGUUGGUGAAUUCAUUUUGUAAUUCUUGCAAUUUGAGUUACUGCUUUAUAUCCGUUUACACUUGACUUUGUUUUGCAUCCUUAUUAAAUGUGCAAUGUCUUUUUAAAGAGUCAUUUAAUAUGACUGCAAUGCUUAUUCA